AUGAAGUUCACCACUGCCUUUUACUGUGCUCUUGCAGCUGCUACUGUUUCCGCUGCUCCAGCUGAGACCCAAGCUGCUUCCGGCCACGCUGCCGGUGGUCAUGGUGGCGCUGCUGGCUCUACCGGCAUGGACUACAACAGUAACACUCUUGAUAUCCUUGGACGUGGUCUUGGUUCCGUGAUUAAUUACGUCAUCAAGGACGUUUCUCAAAUUGGUCAAGAUGCCGGUGUUGAGGUGAGCGGAAUCCUUAGAGAUGUUGUCCACGAUGUUCUUGGUGGCAACAAGAGAUCUCUUGAUGAGUUGAAUGCCAAGCUCGAGGAGAUGGAGAAGAGAGAAGCUCACGACAUCCACCACUCUUUGAUGCGCCUUGUCUCCGACUUGAUGGGAGCUGUUUCCGGUAUUGCAACGGACACCGGUGCCAGUUUGCAAAAUGCCGUCGGUGCUGGCAGUGUCAGAGGCACUCUUGAGGGACUUGGUCUUUAA